AUGGUUCAAAUAUUCCUAACCGGUGCCACGGGCUAUGUUGGAGGCCAGACUCUACAUGCCAUCUCCAAAGCAUUCAAGCCGUCUCAGGUCACAGUAGCAUGCUUGAUCCGAGACGCGCAGAAGGCCAAGAAGGUCCAAGAAACCUAUCCUGAUCAUGUGAGAGUCGUGAUUGGGGACUUGGACAAUGUCGACACCAUCGAAGCAGAAGCCCAGAAGUCGGAUGUUGUUUUGCAACUGGCAAACACCAAGCAUCUGGCUGCUGCUCGUGCGAUCGUGAAGGGCUUGACGGAGAAGCGUCGGAAAACACAGCCAUACUAUGUUCAAAUGUCUGGAGCUUCUCUGUUUGUGAUCCCCGAGAUCAAGGAAGGCAAAUAUGGUGAGCCAAGUUCGGAGGUGUGGGAUGAUUUGCAAGGCACUGCAAAGAUCCUUGACACGAUUCGCGCAAACCCUUCGAGAGAAGUCGACAAUUUCAUUAUAUCUCAGAACCCGUCAGCAGUACGGACGGCGCUGGUUGCAGGUCCGCUUAUCUACGGAAAGGGGGAAGGGCCAGGAAAUCAGCGGAGUAUCCAAGCCCCCGAAAUCGCCAAGAAGACCAUUCAAGAUGGCGAAGGCUUCCGGCUAGGCAAAGGCCUCAACAAGUGGAGCAAUAUCCAUGUCCAGGAUCUUGGGCAAUUGUUUCUCAAAUUGACCGAGGCAGCACUGAACGGUUCAACUCAGGGAUGGAACGACGAAGGCAUCUACCUCCCUGCAAAUGGCGAGCUGGCUUUCGGGACACUUUGCGAAGACAUCGCCAAAGAAGCACAUGCACAAGGAUUGAUCAAAAGCCCUUCAGUAACGAAGACGAUCACUCCCGACGAGGCGAACAAAGCUAUGCCUGCUGGAGCUAUUUUCUGGGGCACUAAUGCUGUUUACAAGUCCUCGCGAGGCCAGAAGCUUCUGGGAUGGGCGCCUUCAGCCCCAUCUUUGCAAGAUGAUGUUCCAGAAAUAGUCAAAAUCGAGGCAAAAACCCUCGGAAAAGCUUGA